GGAGUCGCCCCCUGCUGGCUGUUAGAAAGAAUGCAAGUUUAAAGCACUUCAGCAUCGGCUUCACUUUUCAGACCCGGAGGUUGCCCACUGUUAAAGACAUGUAAAGUGGUUGUAUGAAAAGAGUAUGAGGAUGUAUGGUUAAAUACUGCCUGUGCUCUGACCCAAUAUUUCAUAACAUGAUGGCACGAUUAACAUUCCUGAGCAGGUGUGUGAUUCCCUCGACCCUUUGCCUACACAUUUAGCUCGAGAGGUUAACGGCAGCUAACGUCUCCUGGGUGGCAAUUUAAACCUGGACUUGCUUUGCUCUGAAGGCACUGCUUUAAUUAUUGUGAGGGCAUAACGCUGGUAUUUUGGGAGCCUUUUUACUUUCACAGUUGGCAACACUCAGCGGAUACCUCCAUAUUAUAAUCAGAGCCCAGAAGUGGAAAGCAUAUUGUGUAUAUACAAUUGCUCUGUGAUCCCACUGCUUGUCCUCAUGUGUGUAAUCAUAAGGUCUGCACUAAGCCCUGCCCUGCCUUUCUCUCUCUAUUCUGCCUAGUGGUAUAGCGAGGAAAGAGGGGGUUGACCACAGCUUGAAAGUUUUCUCCGUGCAACAUCACCGCAUUCUGCACUUCAGCAUUUCUCAGCAUACUUUUGACAGCACCGCCGGGGAGGUCACGCUUUUGAGAGGAAACAAAAGAAAGACUAUUCUCAUUUGAACUUGAUGACUGAAAAGACAGACAAACAGCAGAAAGUUGAGUGCACAAUGACAGAAGGAGAGGAUCGUGAACUUUGGAUAGACUUUCCUAGAGAUUAAACUCAAAGGAAAAUACUGGAGCGGCUCAGAGGAGAGGUAAAGAAAAAGGACUACGAGUGAUACUGCUCUCCGGCAGAGUCUGUGUGCAAGAAGAAACAAGAGCAAACAUUCUUUAAUGGACUUCAAUGACUAGGACUGAGGAUCAUAAAAAACCACCAUGACAAAAAACAUCUCCGUCACAUCUGCCACAACCACCUUCCAGGCUCUAAACAGCUCCCAGAUGAACCCUACCCCGACCCCACCAACGUGUGUGGAUUACGACGCACUGCAGAGCCCGUUGGCGGUGCUCUACGCUAUAAUGUUCGUCCUGGGUCUAGUUGGGAACCUGGUGGCUCUGUGGGUUUUCUUCCGUGUCGACUCGAAGAAGAACUCAGUGCGGGUGUUUCUCAUAAACAUAGCUUUUGCAGACCUGCUGCUGGUGGUGUGUCUCCCGUUCAGGAUACUCUACCACAGCCAAGGGAACGUCUGGACCCUGGAUCCCACCUUGUGUAAAGUGGUGGGCAACCUCUUCUACAUGAACAUGUAUAUUAGUGUCACGCUGCUGGGGUUGAUCAGCGUGGACCGCUACCUGAAGAUCCAUCGAGGUGCAGGGGUGCAGCACAGACUGCGGUCCACAAAGUGGAGUACUGCCCUCUGUGCUGUCGUCUGGAUUGUCGCCUUGGCUUUUACUUUGGCAUUCCUGAUGUCAAAGGAUCACUCACAGCAGGGCAGGUGUUUCCACUACAAGGUGCUCCAAAAUGCAAAGUGGAAAGCCUACAUCAACAUCUUUUUGCUGGUCCUCUUCUGGCUCGUCUUCAUCUCUCUUGUGGUGUCUUAUGGAAAGAUCGCCCUCAAGCUUCUGAGAAGAUCACACAAGAAACCGGACCUGCCCAACGCGUCCCGCUACGCCCGAACCGCCAGGAAGUCCUUCUUCGUCCUCUUUCUAUUCACCGUCUGUUUCGUCCCCUACCACGGGGUCAGGGUGUUCUACAUAAAAACCCAGAUCACAGACACGUCGUGUUUCUGGCGCGGCGUGGCCGACAAAGCCAACGAGGUGGCUUUGCUGUUUUCUGCCCUCAACAGCUGCCUGGACCCUGUUAUGUACUUCCUGUUGUCCUCUUCGGUGAGGAAGGAGGUGCUGCGCUUGGUGAGCAACGUGUUCUGCGUGCGAGAUAUUGGCGGUGUCAGCGGGAGCAGCUCCACGGUCGAGACGGAAGGUAAGAACGGGAGGACUGACAGAGGAACGUCAAACAUCAGCUUAAGCACCCAUUUGAAGGAGAGGAUGGUUAUUGAAUCCAGUCAAGCUGGGAUAUAAAGAUACUCUGAGACAGCGAGUCUCCGCCUUUUCCAAAGUAAACAUGACAGCGACCACACUGCCGAGAAACAGGACAGCGGCGGCGGCAAGGACAGUGAGGUUGACUGCCGCUCUCCUCAACAUUUACAUCUAUUUGCUGCUGCUGCUGUCGCCUGAGUUGACGAUGACUGAAAUGUUCUACCUUGCCACCACGGCUUGCAAUGCAGAGACUGAUCUCACAGGAGUAUCAUGAAUUAUACAUUUCUUCAUCUAAAGUGUAUAACCAUACCAGUUGUAAAAAAAACAUGGUGGCGCAACAUCAGCCUCAUCAGUUUGAUUGUCCUGUCUGUGUGAAUAAACAAUAUUUAUGAUAUUAGUUCCCUGAACUUGGUGUCAUUUUGCCAAAACUGAUUAUGUUAAUUAUGUCAUACCACUGACCAUUUCCCUUUAUUUGAAGCAACAACCCUCUGUCUAGCUACAUGGCGAGAUUAGAAGCUGGUGGAUAACAGCAACCUGCUGUGUAUGCUACAGGUGGUAACAUCUGUGCUGUAGCUGUAUUUUUAAACAGUUUUAAUAUGCUUUAGUAGCUACAUAUACAGGCAAGGUUGCAGAAAACUUAUGGUUGUGGUUUAUGUAAAUGUUUUUGCAUAUGUGGGUCCACUGAUCUUGCAGAGACAUCAUUUUCAAUCACACAAAAAUGCAAACAUAACAUCUGCUCCCAAUGGGUGCAGAGAUUUCAAAAACAUGAGCCAAGAUAGCAAAAGAAACAUAAAGUGGACUCUGAGACAAGAGGGGAAACCUUGAAUGUGACGUCCCUUCACACAAACACACAAACUAAUAAUACAGUAUCCUGCUGAUAUGGACGAUGCAUCAUAUUGGAGGUAAUUUACACCAAACUGUGAACAAUUAAGUUAAAUUACAUUUAGUUUGAAGACAGUGAGAAACAUGACUCUUUGUAUGCAUGACUAAAUUAAUAAUGACAUUUCGCACACAAAUAAAAACAAUUAAGUUAAAUUACGUAUAAUCUGUCAAUUAAGACAAAAAGACUCAAGAGUCUACAGCCACGCUAGCAGCUCUGUGAGGCUGUACUUACUUUAAGGCACUGUGGUGUUUGAGUUAAAUGCCAACACUAGCAUGGCAACAUGUUCACAAUGGCAAUGCUAACAUGUCGGUGUUUAGCAGGUAUAAUGUUUAGCGUGUUAGCAUGCUAAAUAGCAUUCAGCAUAAAGUACAGCUGAGGCUGAUGGGAAUGUCUUUGGUUUUGUUAAAACGUCUGCUCAUCCAUCACGUAGACUUUGAGAUAUUUAGCAGAAUAAGUCAAACCUUUCACCUGCUGGUGGCACCAGUUAAAGUCAAGAUAUCACCUUAGCUAUUCUCUUGACCCCAUGCUUUAUCAAAAUUGUUGAUGAUAAAUCUUUCUGUCGAUUGACUGAUCUAUUAAUCAUUUCAGAUCUAAGAAAAAACCCAAAACUUGAUCAGGGACUUUUUGUGUCAUCAAGCAAUGGUUCAUUUUCAUAUUUUCCACUGUAUUAAUGUAGUGAAACCAGUGAUGGCUGAGCUACAAAUGGAGCAGCAAGCAACCACAAUUAGGAAAUUGGGAUCACCAAAGGAAGGAUUUGUGAUCUUUGUUUUUUACUUUACAUAUUUAAGGGGAGACACCCCAGAAAAAAACAUUGUUUUUCAGGUACUGGUCAAUUCUAUGUCAUUCUGAGCCAGAAAUCUCCUCUUCAGCAGCACUUACAUCCACCUAACUUUCCAGUUUCAUUCCUCUCUAUAUUCUCAAGGUUUUAACAAAGGGGUUUAUUCAUAUCUCAUUCAUAGCCUGAUUUAUACAACAUUUUAUUACUAAAAACAUGGAGAAAAUGGAUUACUUUAUGGCUGUCUGCAGUAUUUUCUGAUUUAUGGAG